CCUAAGUUACUGUGACACGUGGGAUUUAUUUUAACUAGAGCUUAUGAUGGUGUUGAGUUUCUGAAUAAUUCGUCGCCAGAUGAGACUGCCAGUUAGCGAAUGACAUGUACUACGCGGCUGCUUACUGAACGCGAACACAACCAUUUAACAAGAGUUAGAUGAUGUAGAGAAAGACUCUGCCCACUCUGUCCAUAUGUUCUUAGCUGAAAAGUCAAAGAGAUUGGCUUGACAAAUGCAUAUUACUUCGCUUUACCGGAUCACACGCACAUACGCAUAAUACUGUUGGCAUCGGUCCAAGCUCACAAAUACCUUGCUGUCCACCUCUCAACAAUCUGGAAAUUAAACACACACGCAGGCCUCAUCGGUUUAUAAGCGGUUUAUAAGAAAUUUCCAUGUUCUUGGGGGCCCUUGGGGUUGGUGUCAUUUUAUGGGUGAGGGGACACCCACCCCUCUGACAUAUGCCCCCGUUGAUUGAUUGAUACAAGACACAUGAUGUAUAACACUUGUGAGUCAAACACCGGUGGGUCAAUGUUCAGGAAAAAAUUCAUGUUGGGCAGACCUUUUUUCUGAAGAAACCAAUGAAGCCAGAGAAACAUUACUAGGAAAGUUUGAGAAACUAUGCAUCACAGAGGCUUUGUUGGAAUUACAUCUGCAGGAAGAAAAGUUCUUCAAAUAAAUGCAGCAUGUUGCAGGGAAUUCGGUUCAUGUCAACUUUCAAGAAUAUCAUCAUCAAGAGCAUUCAGAUUGAAGUCGCCAUUUAUCUUCAGUAAGAGAUACAGUUCAUACCUUCCAUCUCAAGCACAGGUUGUGGUAUGUGGUGCUGGUGUAGUGGGAAACAGCAUAGCGUACCACCUCACUCGUGAAGGAUGGACAGAUGUUGUUUUAUUGGACCAAAGCAAAAUAGGGUCUGGAACCUCCCACAAUGGGUCAGGAGUCUUGGGGCUAUUCAAACCAUCUUCAGAAAGACAGAUUGUCACUUACUCUGUCAACCUUAUUAAAGCUCUCCAAGAGGAAGGUCAUAACCUAGGCUUGAAACAAUGUGGCAGUUUGAACCUGGCACGAACAAGGGACAGAGCAAUCGCUCUUAAACGGAGAGUAGCAUACACAAAACCAUCUGGACUUGAAUGUGAAUGGUUAGAUCGCCAUGAAAUAAAACGUCUGCAUCCCCACCUGUUCACUGGGGACCUGGAGGGUGGUGUGUGGAUACCUGCUGAUGCUGUAGCUGACCCUUACACAGUUUGUGCCACUUUGGCUUCCCUUGCACAAAGUCAAGGAGCUGUCUAUGUUGAAGAUUGCACUGUGGAAAGAAUUGUAACAGAUGAAGUGCUUCAUUCACAAAUUGUUCCCAAAGUCACCCAUAUUAUUACAUCUCUUGGCACAAUCCACUGUGAAUACUUUGUAAAUGCUUCAGGAAUGUGGGCUCGAACGUUAGGGGAAAGAAGUUCUCCAAAGGUCCGUGUUCCAGUUUUUCCUGCUGAACAUUUUUAUCUUUAUACAAAACCAAUGGCUGAGGCAUCAGAUGAUCACCCAGUUGUUCGGGAUUAUGAUUCUCACAUGUUCUGUGUCACCCGAAAUAAGCAGUUUAUGGUAGGAGGAUUUGAGCCUCAUGCCAAGCCGGCUUUUGGUGAUGGUAUUCCUCAAGAGUGGAAAAAUACCUUAACAGGCGAUGAAGAGCAAUUUAAACCAAUUCGACUGGCGGGAGAGCAUCGGCUUCCUGUAUUAAGGGAAGCCGAGUAUCAGCCUCUUGUUAAUUCUCCUGACACUUUUACACCUGAUGGUAAAUGGAUCCUGGGAGAGGCUCCUGAGAUUGAUAACUACUUUGUGGCUGUGGGGAUGAAUGGGAACAGUUUACAAGGCUGUGGAGGUGUAGGGCAAGCAAUAGCUGAGUGGAUCAUGUACGGAUCCUUGGCCAAGGAGAUGUUGGCCUUUGACAUCAGACGCUUCAUUGACCUCCACAAUAAUAGACGCUACCUCAAGGAGAGAACAAGGGAGGUAGUUGGCAGACACUACGAAAUUCUCUAUCCAAGUCAGUGUGAGUACAGGCUGGCUAGAAAACUGAGAUGCUCUCCAAUCUAUAGUGAACAGGAAGCUCGGGGUGCAGUUUUUGGAACAAGAAUGGGCUUUGAGCGACCACUGUAUUUUGACAUAACACAUAACCGAGGUGACCCACCAGCACAGAUGCCCAAGGGGUCAUUUCACAAGCCAUCCUUCAUGGAGUGUGUAAAGGAAGAGUACCAGGCUUGCAGGGAAGGCGUGGGAGUUAUUGACCUUUCGUCCUUUACCAAAAUUGAAGUUACGUCUGUUGGAUUAGACAAGUAUAAGCAGUUUGAUGCAGAGGAAGCUAAGUCUGCAGGAAACCAGGUGGUUGAGUUUUUGCAGAAGCUGUGUAGCAAUGAUGUCAACAUGCCUGUCGGGGGAGUGGUGCACAGUGGAAUGCAAAAUGAAAGAGGUGGCUAUGAAAAUGAUUGUCUUCUUAUACGUCGCACAGAUAACAGCUACCUGAUGCUUGCCCCCACAACCCAGCAGACCCGAGUCAUGGACUACAUGAGGAGACAGAUUACUCCAGAGGCUUGUGUUUCAGUGGCAGAUGUUACCUCAAAGUACUCUGUGCUAAGUGUUGUGGGUCCAAAAUCACGAGAGAUGCUCUCCCUCAUAUGUAACACUGACUUAAUAUUUUAUGAGCACAUGGCAAAGGAGAUAAAUAUUGCCUAUGCCUCUGGAGUGUUGGUGCUCUCCUUUACUCAUACAGGAGAGCCAGGCUACACCUUAAUAAUCCCAGCAGAAUAUACCCUUCACAUUUACAGGCAAUUGAUGAAGAUUGGACAUGACUAUGGGAUCCGAAAUGUGGGAAUGCUGACGAUGCGAACUUUACGAGUUGAGAAGUUCAUUCCCUUUUGGGCAGAAGAGUUGGACUCCACAACUACCCCAUAUGAAGUCGGGAGAGGCUACAAAGUUAAGCUUAAUAAAGAGUACUUCAUUGGAAAAUUUGCACUCAUGCGACAGUCCAGCCAAGGCUUGAAGAGGAGGUUGGUCCAUUUUGUACUGGAAGACACUUUUGAUGCUGAUGUAGACAUUUGGCCAUGGGGAGGGGAACCCAUUUACCGUAACAACCACUAUGUUGGCAAUACAACAUCAUCAGCGUUUGGAUUCACACUGAACCAGAUGGUGUGCUUGGGCUUUGUUAGGCACCAUCAAGGGGAAAAUAUCACACCUGAUUACAUUCUACAAAAUGCAAAUUUUGAAAUUGACAUUGCUGGAAAGAGAGUUGCAGCCCGAGCUUCUUUACAGCCCCCCAAAAUGCCAAAGGUGAAAAUGGAUGGCUUUGCUUCAUAUAGACCUAAAGUUCGAGGAAUUUUGGCACAUAAAUAGGUAGAAAGUGCCACUGGCAUUUGAUAAAUAUUAAGGAACAUGUUAUCAUCAAUGAUUUCAUAGCAUAUAUAUGAGAUAAUGAACUUUCUAAACUAAAUUUUGAUAAAGGGCAGUACUGUAGACAGUCCCUCAGUGUGAAAAUGAAAAAGGCUGAGAUAAAGUAGUACAAUAUUUAAUUCAAAUAAUUUUGUAUUGUUGAGAAAAAAAGCAUUGCUUACUUUGACCUUAUGUCUAGCAAAAGGAAACUAUUUUAGGGAAAACCUGGCAGCAUUUUAGACCAAAAUAAAUAUAGAAUGUAUUUUAGCACGUAAUAUCUAGACACCAUCUGUCAGGCAAGGGCAGCUGAUGACAUUCGUUUUAUUCGUUAUCAAACCAGUCAAGAUACUGACUUCCGUAGGGAGGCAGCAUGCAGUAACUAUGUAAUUGCCCCUCUGCAAGUGUUCCAAAUGAAAUAAAUAACAGGUUGCUCUUGUCUGACAGAUGGUGUCUUUGGUAUUAUGUGCCAACAUUUAUACUAAAUUCAUUUACACCAAAAAUUAAGCUAACAUAUUAAUAUGGAUCAUAGCACUGGAAGCUUUAUUUCACUCAACUUUAUCAGCUUGAGAAGAGGGUGGUCAGUAGCAUGUGGAGUUGUCAGAUUUUCCCAUCAAUGGCUUAAUUUUGCACAAAGUAGAGUAAGGUGAGCAAUGCCAUUUUCUCUGCUAUAUUUUAAUACAAAAUUAUUAGAAUGAAAUAUUGAACUUUGUCUCACCAUUCUUUUAGAGAAGCACCUGAGAGGCAUUACAUUUCCAUCUCUUUCACAUUGAGGUACCAGAUAACAUUGUCCUGACCCAUACUUACACUUUGGAAAGUACCACAUUGUUCUAUACUUUAAUUCAUGUAUCCUACACUAAAUUCUAUGAAUUCAGGCCAGUACAAGAAACAGAUCACACGCAUGUAUAAGUACUUGUUUAUUUCUAACACAACAGUUGAGCAGUGUUCUGUAACAAGCUGAAAAUCAAUAAAACCUGACAGGCAGAUUGUCUGAGAUAUAAAUGUCUGUUGUUCCACCCCAGUGUGGGUAAUGUGUUAAAUACAGACUAUAUACAAGGCUAGUGAAACAAAGCUGACCUGUUUCAUCCAAGAAUUCAAAUAUUUGAUGUUUAUAUGACUUGAUUGUUACUUAUAUACUUAUAAGUAAUAACAUUAUUAUAUUAAAAUUUAGUCAAAGUU